GACACAUGGUGGCGCUGCAGGUUAAGAGGACCAAAAACAGAUUUACUGUAUGCCAGAACCUAGCCAGUUUCACACUGCCAGGAAGCUUUGUCAGAACAAAGGUGAGCAAGAAGCCUCUUAAACUCUAUUUCACAGUGUAGUUCACGGCCUUCUGGACUAAAGGACCAGGAUUACUAGAAUUCAUGGCAUAUACGAAGUUCCUGUGAUCUGAAUUUUAAGGAAAAAGCAAUGGAGAUCGGAUGGGUGCAUAAUCAGGUACAAAGACAAGCCCUGGUUCUCUUUAUUCUGCUCAGCAUGUCUGGGGUGGGCUCGGACUUGGGUCCCUAUUCAGUCGUGGAAGAAACCGAGCGAGGAUCAUUUGUGGCAAAUCUAGGGAAAGACCUGGGGUUGGGGUUGACUGAGUUGUCCACCCGCAGAACCCGGGUAAUUUUCCCAGGAGACAAAGAGCAUUUGCACUUAAGUACGAAGACUGGGGAUUUGCUCAUAAAUGAGAAACUAGACCGAGAGAAGCUAUGUGGUCCAACUGAACCUUGUGUAGUGCAUUUCCAAGUGUUAAUGGAAAAGCCCUUUGAGAUAGUUCAGGCUGAACUAAAGGUGAAAGACAUAAAUGACCAUGCUCCCGUCUUCUCUGAAAGAAAAAUGACUCUAAAAAUACCAGAAAACAGUCCUCUGGGAACUGCAUUUCCUUUGAGCAAUGCUGUGGACUUGGAUGUAGGCAGUAACGAUGUUGACAACUAUAAGAUCAGCUCCAGCUCCCACUUUCGUGUUCUAACUCGCAGGCGUAGUGAUGGCAGAAAAUACCCUGAGCUGGUGUUGGACAAGGAGCUAGAUCGGGAGGAAGAGCUUGAAAUCUCUUUAACUCUGAUAGCUCUGGAUGGCGGUUCUCCGCCUCGCUUUGGUACUGCCCAGGUGUACAUUGAGGUGGUGGAUAUCAACGACAAUGCCCCCGAGUUUGAGCAGCUGCUUUACAAACAGCAGAUUCCUGAGAACAGCCCUAUAGGAUCUAUGGUUGUCACUGUCUCUGCUAGAGAUUUAGACAGUGGAGUCAAUGGAAAGAUAUCAUACACACUCUUUCAACCUUCAGAAGAUAUUAGCAAAACUUUGGAGGUGAAUCCAGUGACAGGAGAAAUUCAAUUGAGAAAACAAUUAGAUUUUGAAACAGUUCCCUACUAUGAAGCUGACAUCAAGGUCACUGAUGGGGGAGGUCUUUCCGGAAAGUGCACUCUUAUGUUGGAAGUGGUGGAUGUGAAUGACAACCCCCCUGAAGUGACCCUGACCACAUUUACAAGUCCCAUCCCAGAGAACUCCCCAGAGGUUGUAGUUGCCGUUUUCAGUGUUUCAGAUAAGGACUCUGGAGACAAUGGGAAAACUAUUUGCACCAUACAGGAUGACCUUCCUUUUCAUCUAAAACCCUCAGUCAAGAACUUUUAUACCUUGGUUACUGAUAAGCCACUAGACCGAGAAGAGAGAGCCGAGUACACCAUCGUGAUCACGGUGAGCGACCUGGGCAGCCCGCGGCUGCAGAGCCAGCACCAGGUGACUGUGCGCGUGUCCGACGUGAACGACAACGCCCCCGCCUUCAGCCAGCGCGCCUACACCCUGCGCGUGCGCGAGAACAACAGCCCCGGGCUGGCGCUGGGCAGCGUGCGCGCCUGGGACGCGGACGAGGGCGCCAACGCGCAGCUCAGCUACUCGCUGCUGCCAUCGCCCUCGCCCUCGGCCUCGGCCUCGACCGGCCGCCCGCAGCAGCCGGCCCCGGGCGCGCUGGUGUCCAUCGACGCCGACAGCGGGCAGCUGUUCGCGCUGCGCGCCCUGGACUUCGAGGCGCUGCAGGCCUUCGAGUUCCUGGUGGGCGCCACGGACCGCGGGUCGCCGGCGCUGAGCAGCCAGGCGCGGGUGCGCGUGCUGGUGCUGGACGCCAACGACAACGCGCCCUUCGUGCUGCACCCGCUGCAGAACGGCUCCGCGCCCUGCACCGAGCUGCUGCCGCGCGCGGCCGGCGCGGGCUACCUGGUGAGCAAGGUGGUGGCGGUGGACGGCGACGCGGGCCAGAACGCCUGGCUGUCGUUCCAGCUGCUCAAGGCCACGGAGCCCGGGCUGUUCGGCGUGUGGGCGCACAGCGGCGAGGUGCGCACGGCUCGGGCGCUGAGCGAGCGCGACGCGCCGCGACACCGGCUGGUGGUGCUGGUGCGGGACAAUGGCGACCCGCCGCUGUCGGCCAGCGUCACGCUGCACGUGCUGCUGGUCGAUGGCUUCUCGCAGCCCUACCUGCCGCUGCCCGCCGCGCCCGACGCCGCCGCCGCCGCCGCGGCGCGGCCCGAGCGCCUGACCGUCUACCUGGUGGUGGCCUUGGCCGCCGUGUCAUCGCUCUUCCUGUGCUCGCUGCUGGCCUUCGUGGCCGCGCGCCUGUGCCGGCGGGCCGGAUGGGCUGAGGCGGUGGCGGCGGGGGCGGGGUCGGGGCCCGAGGGACACUUUCCGGGACACCUGCUGGACGCGGGCGGCGGGGGGACCCUGUCGCACAGCUACCAGUAUGAGGUGUGUCUCGCGGGGGCCCCUGGGACCAAGGACUUCAAAUUCCUGAAGCCGGUUGUGACUGACUUUCCUCCCCAGGCUAAUGGAGCCGAAGUGGAGGUAAAUCCCACCUUUCGAAAUAGUUUCCUAUUCAGUUAGGUAUUUGAUCAUUCUAGUAAUCUCUGUUUAGUCCUAGUAAUCUCUGUUUAAUCCUAGAAAUCGCCUAGUAUUUUUAUAAUAUUUUUAUUUUAUUUCUUUACUAUUGGAUGGAGUUAGAGAAAUUGAGAAGGGAAGAGAUUGGGGUCCUGUAAAUUGUAAUGUGUGCCCUUAACCUGUUGCGCCACCUCCUGGCCUCCAGUAGUAUGUUACUGAUAAUCUGUUGUUCACUUCUUAUGGGGAAAUUAUUCUAAAGUUACAUACUGUGUCUACAACAGUGGUUUCCCUAUAAUUUCUUAGUAGAUUUUCUUACACUCACUCAACUCUCUUUGACAAUCUGAAUAAAAAUUAUGUAUUAGCAUGGUUAAAUUUGAAUUUCAUUCAUCUAUCAGUUUUUACAAAUGUCUUGAAAGUCUUAAUUAUGCUGUGUUUCUAACCAAUUGUCCUUAUUACAGUUAUGUUGUCAUGUAAACAUAUUAAAAUAUUAUAAUGAUAUUUAAUCUUCCAGUUCCUGGUGCGAGUCACUCCUGACCUUCCACCCAAAGAACCUUUUUAUUUUCUUUAAGAUUUUUAACUUUAUUUAAAUACUUUGACAGGACAGAGAGAAGUUGAGCAUGAACGGAGAGGGGGAAGAGAGAGGCAUCUCUUAUGUUUGGUAAAAGAGAAUGGUAUCUAGAGAGGAAAGAAAGUAAAAGUGAGAAGGGACAGGAAAUUGAGGCAGAAAACUAAUAACACUAAGAAUUGGUUAUAAAUUUAUCAGUUUGGUUUGGUGGUGUUGCCCACCCCCAUUUUAUGGUGAUACUUGGGUUUGAACUUGAGACAUUUGGUGUGUCAGGGAUGGAAGUCUUUUUGCAUAACCGUUAUAUUAUUUCCCCAGCUCUUAGACCUGUCAGUUCUCAAUGUCAAUGUCUUCUAAGUCCACAAUGUAAUUAUCUUUGACUAUAACAAUAAAGCUUCUGUUUUUUAUUAAUACAACUUCUUUAUUUAACCAGUCUUGAAGAGGGAGAUCUUUCUUGAAACAAAAAGACAGGAAAGAUACAGUCUUGACUAUUUAUUAGACUAUAUGCCAUCAAACCUAUCUUCCAUUUACUCUUUUAAAUAAUAACUCAGUCAACAAAUGGAAUAAAAGAUUCUUAAGUUAGUAUCAACUAAUUUAUACUAGGGGAUUUUGUUAUGGACUUGAUUUUGUAUAUGACAGCAAAAGGUGACAAGGUUUUAUGAAAUGUAUUGAUGUUAAAAAGAUUUCCUUUAAUUUUUCUGCCACAGGGUCAGUUAAAAAGUACUUAUUUGCUUUUAUAAAGGACAGGGUCACCAGAACAUCACUUAGUUCUGACAUAUGGUGGUGCCAGGAAUGGAAGCUGGGGUCUCUGGCAUGCAAGUUCUAUGCUUUAAUAAUGCACAGUUUCCCUUGCCCCGGUACUGAUUUCUAAUAAUUUUAUUUAUAUUUUAGUAGAGCAGGAAAUUUGCCCCAAAAUAACUGAUGGAAAUAAAAAACUAACUUUGUUCUGUUUGCUUACUGACACAGAUAUCAGGUUUAUGUAAUAUAAUAAAGCACUGUGUAACACAAUCUUUACACCUUGGUCCAUGCUAUUUUCCUAGUCAGUCAGGUAACUGCUAUGUCAGGAUAUAUAGUACAGUGUAUUACUUAAGUUUUAUUAUUAAAAUAGAGGCUAUAGUUUGUUUUUAUCCUUAGGAAUAAAUGAUUUUCAGUUCCAUGUUAAGAUAUCAGGAUUCUAUAAUCACAAGAGGUAUAUGCACUGCUUGCUAAGAAUGAGUUGUGGUCUUUCCUAAUUGAUAAUAAGUUUAACCUGCUGUCAGAAGAAUCUUAUUUUCUUUGCUGUUUAACUUUUUUUCUCUUUAACUUCAGCCCUUUAUCUUUGUGGGAUUUAAUGACUUCAGUAAAUCUCAGCUUCUAUGUAUAGAACUUGCAUAUUAAAUAUGUAUAUUUAAAUUAAUUUUAAUAAUGUAAUUAGUAACAAAUGUGGGUGCUUCUUACAAGUUGUCUUGGAUAAUGGAACAAAAUGCAUGUACACAGAGCUACAGAGGCAUUCUUCUUAGAUAAUCUUUUCAAAUGAGUUAUCUACAACUCCUUAAGCUGUCUAUUGAUUCUGUUGAGUAUGUAUAAUAAACUGA